GUGUUUUUUUUUUGUUGCUCAAUGUCUAAUUUAAAUUAGUUUCUGGAGUAUUGUUGUUGACAUUUUUUUAUUUUCCUUAAGAAGCAAGAUGCGCCGCAGGCGAGCCCCAAAAAGUUUGCCCUCCGACAGCAGCGAUGAUGACACCCCUUUAUCUAAAGUCAAAGAAUCUCCACCGAAAAAAACGAAACCAGCCACAAAUGAAUCGUCCAGCGAAAGCGAUAUUGAAAACUAUCUACAACCUGCCGACAAACUAGACCUAGACUCACCCUUUUUCACUGUUCAAAAAGACAAUCUUUCAUUUGAAAAAAUCGAAAAUGAAAUUCUUGAAGGAGUCAAGACAAAUACGCUCAGUGAUUCUGAGAGCAAUGAUGAUGUACCUGCAGUGGAAGCCAUUCAAGCUUCUCCUUCAACUUCAAAACUGAAUUUUAGUCAACUCCACAAUUACACUAAAAAGUUGGAAGAGGCGAAACGACACAUUGAGGAGUACAAUGCAAAAAAACAAGCAAAAGAAAAUAACGAAUUGAACGUUGAGAAUUUGCUAGCUGCUGGUGAAGCAAAUUUAAAAUCUCUGAGCGAUGAAAAUCGGGCCCAACUUGAGGCAACUUUGCAUUCCAGUGAUUUUGAGUCGUGUUCUGAUUCUGAAAAGGAAGGUUGGGAGGAUGUGACGGAACAGAAGGAACAAAAACAGAAAGAAAAAGGUUCGGCGCCUAAAGAAGGGCUUGAAAUUACAGUGGAGAUGCCUGGUGCUGUUAAAAAGAAGAAAGGAGUUGAUUUAAUGGCGGCUAUAAAGCGACGAAUCAAUCGAGUGAGGAAAGAAAACCAAGUUUUUGUUCAUAAAGUGCAUUUAUUAUGUUGGAUUGCUCAUGGCAAUUAUGUCAAUACUAAAAUCAACUCAGAAAACGUCUUAUCAACUGCACUAUCACUAAUUCCCUCACAGAAUUGUUUCCCAGCUGAUCGUACAGACCUUAAUUAUUUAACUCAGAUUUUGAAAUGGUUUAGAAAUGCUAUAGAAGUGGUGGAGAAACCAGUGAUAACGGAAAAACCUUUAGAUGAAACACUCGCGGAACAAAUGUUGAAAAAGACAGCAUACAGUAAGAAAAUAUUGGUUUUGAUUUUUGUGGCUAUUCUGCGGUCUUUGGGUAUUCAUUGUCGUUUGAUUUUGUCGUUUCAAGUCGAGCCUUUAAGGCCCCCAAGCAGCGAAUUGCAUUCACUGAGCACUAAAACUGAUAAAAAAGCGUCGACAAGUAAAAAUAAAGCAAACAAGAAAUCUACAUCUGAAGAUACAAAAGAAGAGUCUGAAGCUAAAAACACUAAACAAGAAACUAAAACUAAUCCUCGGUCCAAAAGCGUAAUUGGGGCUAAAAUAGGCGAAGCAUCGACUCUCGAAGUCAAGAAACCCGAAACCAGUACACGAUCGAAAAGUACAAGUGAUAUUAAAACAGGUGAAAAAACGAAUCUUAAAACCAAAAAUCCUAAAACCAGCGCUCGCUCUAAAAAUGCAAGUGAUAAACUUGUAGAAGUUGAAAAUCCCAAAGCAAAUACUCGAACGCAAACGUCGAAGGAUAAACCUGUAGGAGGAAAAAAAUUGCCUAAAGCAACUCUUGAAGUUAAAAAUCCCAAACCUAAUACUCGAUCAAAAAGUUCAAGUGAAACUAUAAAAGCAAAGUCGGAGGAAGCAGACAAAAGUCCUAAAACCAGUACUCGUUCAAGAAGUACAGGUGAUGUUCCUAAACGUAAACAAAUAACUAAAAGUGACACUACAAAAAAUACCAAACCCAAAACCGAAACUAAGCUAAAAACAACCACUGGUGGAGAAGAGACAACUAAUAAAAGGCGUACAAGGAGUCAGAAACCUACCAUUCCUCAAGUAGAUGGUGCGAACGACAGCGACACACCAUCUAAACCGAAUUUAAGAAAACUGACCCAAAAGCCAACAGAACAACCAACUCUAAAGACACAAUCCAAACGAUUGAAAACUCUGCCAAAAUAUCGUGAUUCCGAUUCAGAGGACGACUUCACACAAUUUCCAAGUCCGUCCACUAAAAAAGACACAAAAUCGCCUCAAACCAAUGGUGUCAAUCUCAAAAAGCUCAAAAACCACGUACCUAAAGCUCUGGAUGUGCGUAAAGACAUUAUACAACUUGUUAAAAAGAGUAUAAAAGAACAGAAGGAUUUGACCCGUUCUAGAACAGUCCGAAAACGUAAAAGCGUCGGUGGUGAUAGUGACAGCGACUAUGCCCCUGAAGCCAUCAAGAAAAAAAACCACGAAAGUGAAGAUGAGUUUACACCGAAAGUCAAAGUAAAACGACGAGUACAAGUGAAACCUGAAGACGAUGACAGUAAAAUAAAGAAGAAGCAAGGGUUGGAUGUUUGGUGUGAAGUGUUCAUGGAAGUGGAGGAAAAGUGGAUCAGUGUUGAUGUUGUCAAAGGACAGAUCCAUUGUGUUACCGAAUUACAUAGUCGAGCCACUCAUCCAGUUUCAUACAUAGUUGCUUGGAAUAACGAUAAUAGGAUCAAAGAUGUGACUAGGAGAUACUGCACUAACUUUAAUACAGUUACUAGAAAACUGAGAAUUGACUCUAAAUGGUGGGAGGCAACCGUGAAACCUUUCACAGGGCCCCAAACUGUCAGAGAUAGGGAAGAGGAUGAUGAGUUGGAGCGACAACAGUUGGAGAAACCUUUACCGACUUCAAUUGCAGAAUAUAAAAAUCACCCCUUGUACGUCCUGAAACGCCACCUUCUCAAAUUUGAAGCAUUAUACCCACCUGAUCCCCCAACUUUGGGGUUCGUCCGCAACGAACCUGUCUAUUCCAGACAGUGCGUCUACAUCUUACAUUCCAGAGACAUCUGGUUGAAGCACGCCAAAGUUGUCAAACCUGGAGAACAGCCAUACAAAAUCGUUAAAGCUAGACCCAAAUGGGAUAAAUUAUCCAACAAGAUUAUAACCGAUCAAUUGUUGGAAGUCUUUGGGCCCUGGCAAGUUCAAGACUAUGAACCUCCCACUGCCGAAAACGGGAUCGUUCCUAGAAAUGCUUUUGGGAAUGUUGAGUUGUUCAAACCUUGCAUGUUACCUAAGAAAACAGUUCAUUUGAAACUUCCGGGCUUGAAUAAGGUUGCAAAAAAGAUGAAUAUUGAUUGUGCUCCGGCGCUUGUAGGGUUUGAUUUUCACGGUGGGUGGAAUCACCCGACUUACGAUGGAUAUAUUGUGUGUGAGGAGUUUGCUGAUGUUCUUACCGCAGCAUGGGAAUUGGAACAAGAUGAGUUGGAGAAAAAAGAACAGGAAAAAAUCGAUAAAAGGGUUUAUGGGAAUUGGAAAAGACUUAUCAGGGGUUUGUUGAUACGUGAACGUUUGAAAGCGAAAUAUGAAUUUGGAGAAUGUUCCGGAGGAGCGGGAAAAAAGAAAAGCAAACCCACUCUUAAGGUGGGUAGAAAAAGGAAAGUUGAAAGCGAAUCUGAAUAAUGCAGUAUUACCAAUCGCAGAAUUUUACGGGUUUUUGUUACUUUAUUUGCUUUACUAAAUAUAUGUAUUUUUCUAGUA